ACCAAGCUUGAAGCUCCGUUUUGUAUGUUGUUGUACAUAAAUCAAACGGCGAAAUAGUUUAAAAAGUUUUAUAUUUUACUGAAUUUUAACAGUUAAAAUCAAUAUAAAUAAUGGUUUUAUACGUCAAACACAUGUUGGUAGCUUAUAUUAUUCUUAAUAUAGUAUCAAGUGCUUUAUGUAUUAAGUGUUGGAGCUGCAGAUCUAGCAACGAUCCUAAAUGUGCAGAUCCAUUCGAUAACAGUACCGUUCCAAUUACGGAUUGCAAACAAGAGAAGGGUUUACGACAUUUGCCGGGGGUAAGACCAUCCAUGUGUCGGAAAAUAAGACAGAAAGUGAAUGGUGAAUGGCGAUACAUAAGAGACUGUGCAUAUCUUGGUGAGGUGGGCAUCCAAGGAGAUGAAAGGUUCUGCCUCAUGAGAACAGGGACAUACAAUAUAUUUGUAGAAUACUGCACAUGUAACAGUAAAGAUGGAUGUAAUUCAGCUAGCUUAGCUUAUCCUAAUGUCGCUGUAGUUAUAAUGGCAACUCUCGCUUAUUUGUUCUUUAAAAUGUCAUAGCCAAUGUUAUAUUCAAAUGUUGCUUCAUUACAAAAUGAUGAAUGUGUUUUGUCACAUUAUGUUUUAAUUCCUUUUAUGUGUAUGAUUUCCUAUGAUGAAAUAAUUAAUAGCCGUUAAUGAUAGGUUAUAAUCUUUUUGAUAAUUAAUCCACAAUCUGAAUUUAUGUUCUCUUUUUACAAUAUAUAAAUAUCAAUGUAUGUUACCCAGUGAAGCCUCAAAAACAUACACAAUAACUUAAACAUGUCUCAUAAUAUAUGUCUUGUCUUUAGUUCUAUGGACUAGAUCUAAAAUCGUGUUUCAGUUCUUUAUAAGAGCUUAAUCAUAUAUACUGAGUGCAAAGCAAGUAUUGGCAUUUACAAUAAAAAGUUGUAGCAAUAAGCUACAAAGCCAUUCUUAGUUGAAUAAAACAUACUUUAAUCAACUAAAAACCUAAAAAUUACAAAUAUCUUCUAAUAAGUAUACAUUUGACAAAUAUUUGAAAGGGGUCAACCCUUACAUUGAAUCUCUAUAGAUAGAUCUAGAAUCUUUAUAGUGUUUUUUUUUUUUAAUUUAAUAACACUUUCAAUAAUUUUAAGAAAUCAAAUUCAGUUGAAAUGCAUAGACAGUUACAAGUGAUGCACUGUGCAUAAUUUACUACACUAAGCAUAUACCUCUGAAGAAAAUCAUGUUAAUUUUUUUUGUGAAUUAUGUUAACGACAUAAAUUUUAAUAGAAAAACACCAGUUUUGUGUUAUAAUUCACACAAACAUAUUAUGUACUAUUAGUACACAUACAUAUUUUAUUGUAUGUCCUCACUACAAAGAUUUUUUCCCAUACUAAAGUCAACCAAAAUUCUAUUUUGAAGUUAUAUAUAUAAAUACCUGUAAUUUGAAGAUUUGUACCUUCUUAUUCAUCUGAUUGUGAUUUGAACAAAUUCAUGAUUAUUGUACACUUGACACUUAGAUUUAUAACAUUUUUGUUUGAUGAAGUGUUUGUAUAUGUGCACAUACACUUUUUUAUGAAAUGUGUUGAGUUAGCCUUUGUUUGAUUUCUAUAUUGUUUGUAAUCUGGAAGUAGAGUAAAUAUGUUCAUAUAUACUAUCUUCUUUUAAUUAAUUAUAAAUGAAUGUCUCCUGAAGUAAAAAGAAUAACUUUUUUUUAUUUUGUAUCGUCUCUCAUAUUACAAUUACUCUACUUUCAUUUUUAUUAAAGAUAUGAGGUAUAUGAUUUUACAGACAAAAACAUUUGAAAAAAUACUACUUUAUUACCUUCAUCAGUGUUAAAUAACACUGCAAUGUUUGUAUUUGUAAAAACAUGAAGCAACAUUACUAAGUGCCUAUUUUGUUAGAUUUUCUUUUUAACAUUGAUAUUGACUUUCAUCUUUACCUACUACAAGUACAGGUUAAAUAUUUUUAUUUAAUAACAAUAAACAGUAAAUACGUAGCUGUUUACUAGUUUGUAAGCUUUACGUACAAACCGGUUUUGUAUAAAUGUUUUAUAAAUAUGUUAAAACGACUGACAGUUCCGUCCAUUAUU